GCAAACUCUACCCAGCAGCCAAACCAAACCAAAAUGGAAACCUGAGGAGCAGUGGCUGUGAGUCUGCCAUGUCAGCAGCCCCGUGCCAGCCCUGCCACGCAUCACACCUCCUGGGCCUGUCCAACGAUCCUGCAAGUGAGGCCUUCCCCAGACAUCUGGGAACCCACUGGGAGCACGGGCCUGCCCAGCAGAGCCAUUUGAUUGUCUGUCUGAGUCCUGGACUCGGGGGUCCAUGUGCAUGUGCUGGCUGGGGGCCUCGAGCACAGGCAGAGGCUAACGGUCUUGCCACGUCCAGACCACCACCCGCCACCUUCUCUGGUUCCUUUCCAUCUUUCCCACGGCCCAUUUCUCUCCCACUGCCGGCGUUUCUUUGAACAGAGGGUGCGAAUCUCAUGAUCACGCUCACACUAAGAACUUAGAGGCUCCUGUGGAUGGCAGACCCUCGGGGCUCACGCAUUUCAAUUAUAUUUUUAGCUCCAGCUGACAUUCAGUAUGACCUUGUAUCAGUUUCGGGGGCACCACAUAGCAGUCAGACAUUUAUACAAUUUAUGCCAUGGUCCCCGAUGAGUCUAGUGCCCACCUGGCACCACAGAUAGUUGUUGCAACAUUAUUGACUGUAUUCUCUAUGCAUUUAGAAUUUUGAACAAAAUGUUGGUGGAGAUAAUAUUGGGGUGAGGGCCAUGUCCAGUGGGCAGGGGAUGCAAGGACCACUUGCUGCAUGUGGACAGGCCAGCUGCGUGGAUGAGGUCAGGGCCAGGCAGGGGUGGGAGGGUCUGAGGGGGAGGACCCUCCCUUGUGAGUGUCGUCCCCAGGGUCCUGCUGAACCCUUCUUGGCGCUGGGCAGCCCCCACCCCAGGAGGUGGGCGCAACCCUGAGACUGCUAAUCGUCCCCGACAUGUCACCAGCUGCUCAGUGCGGACCUAUUGGGCAAAUGGGGCACACCCCCAGUCUCUUCCCCCUGUCCCGCCCUAUCAGACCCAGGAGUCAAUGAAGCUCCCGGAAAAGGACCAUAGUAAGCAUCAGGCUGGGGAGUAGUGGGAAAGGCUGCUUACUUCCUCUCUCAGUGCAGCUGGGUCACUUCAGGGCUCCAGAUACCCGUGCUGACUUGUCCACUGUAACACCCAGCAUGUGCCGGCUGCUGCCGCCCACGGCUCUGCUCCUUCUUGCUUCAGCUGGCACGAGAGCUGCAGAACCCCCAAAGGCCGUGGUGUCCCUGGACCCUGUGUGGGACAGGGUGCUGGAGAAGGACAGAGUGACUCUGCAGUGCCAGGGGGCCUACCCCCAGGAGGACAACUCCACACGGUGGUUUCACAAUGGGAACCUCCUCCCAUACCAGGCCUCCAGCCUCGUCAUCGCAGACGCCCGAGUUAAUAACAGUGGAAAUUAUAGCUGCCAGACAGACUUCUUCACACGCAGUGACCCGGUGAAGCUCAAAGUCCACGCUGGUGAGCGGGCGAAGGGGACGAGGGUGAGACUGAGGCCAGGAGAGGCGUGGGGAGAGCCAGGGAUGAGGCGAGGUGCUCAGAACGAAGCGAGACGGUCUGUGGUCGUUCUGGGCUGUAUUCGAGUUGUAGUCCUAGCCACACUGGGCCUGGCACAUGUCAAAGCCUGGCACGUAACAGGCGCACACCUGCAGUCGUGCCCGGUUCCAGGAGCAACAUACAGAGAAUACAGCACGGCGGUGGUGUCUGAAGGUCAGGGCAUGACCUUGAGGCUCGCUAGCACUUACCGCAUAGAUGAACGAAUCCAUUCUCAGGGCCCCGAUCUCCUUCCCACUCAGGCACACAGAGCCCUAAGCUGCCCCAAGCCAUCCCUCACGGCCCAGCAUCAUACCUGCCACUCUCUGCCAUCAAUGCCACACUCAGACGUACACGUCAGCCACGCUCGGGAGCACAGGUCCGCUCCAGUCCGGGUCUCCAGCUCAGACCUGCACCCUGACCACUCCCCUGGUUCCGCAGUUCAAGACUUCCAAAUUCCAUUCUACCUGGUGAUGGGACUCCUGUUGGCAGUGAACACGGGGCUGUACUUCUCUGUGCAGAGACAACUUCGAAGGUUACUGAGGAAGGGCAGUAAUUACAAAGUCACAUGGAGCAAGAGCCCUUAGGACAAAGGGG